GCGUCUCCUGCGCGUCGUCCCCUAGCACCGCCUGCGUCCUUCCCACUCCAGCGCUAGGUGACAUUGAGCUCAUCAGCGCCACCGCUCCUGGCGAAGUUCUGCACUCGUCGGCGGAGUAGGCGGCCAUGGGGAGCCUCCGCGGUCUACGCCUGGUAGCGGGAAGCUGUUUUAGGUUAUGGGAAAGAGAUGUUUUCUCAUCUCUAAAGCUUACCAGAAGCUCUGAUCUGAAGAGAAUAAAUGGAUUUUGCACCAAAUCACAGGAAAGUCCCAAAGCUCCAUCCCGCAUUUACACCCACGGAGUGCCUUUACACAAACCUACGAAAUGGGAGAAAAAGAUCCUGAUAUGGUCAGGUCGCUUCAAAAAGGAAGAUGAUAUCCCAGAGACUAUUUCGUUUGAGAUGCUUGAUGCUGCAAAGAACAAGGUCCGAGUGAAGGUUAGCUAUAUAAUGAUUGCUCUGACAGUGGCAGGAUGCAUCUUGAUGAUUAUUGAAGGCAAGAAGGCUGCCCAAAGACAUGAGACUUUAACAAGCUUGAACUUAGCAAAGAAAGCUCGUCUGAGAGAGGAAGCAGCUAUGAAUGCCAAAACAGAGUAGCAGAGGUCUCCAUGUUGGCUGAAUUUUGAAAAUCCAGGAAUUACGUUGCGACAAGCCUGUAUUAAAAAGGACAUGGUAUGAGGAUCCACUUCAUAAAGUAUGGUUUGCCCAAACCUUUGCCUUUUCUGUAUUUCUGCUAUAGUAGAAAUAAAUUUUCUUAAAGAAUGA